AUGUCCGAGACGACCACGGCCGAAAAGGCCAUCGACCAAGGCCAUGCUAGCUCCGAGUCGGCAUCGUUUGUCGACGUCGAACGCAACGUUCCAGCCCCCCAAGAUGCCGUUGCAAGUGCCGUCGCUGAGAUCGCUGCCAAGACCUCUGUCAAGAAAGGCACAAAAACAAGCUUCAGCAUAUGGUCCAAGAUUUACUACACGUCCAUCCCCUGCUUCCUGGCCUAUCUCAUCACCUUUUCGGCCUCCGUCGUCGCUCCCGCCACCACCACGUUCAUGGCCGAAUUCCACGUCAGCCGCACCGUCGCCCUCUUGAGCGGCACCGUCUACCUUCUCGGCCUGUCCUUUGGCCCCAUGUUCCUGGCGCCCAUUUCGGAGCUCGUCGGCCGCCGCUGGCUGUAUGUCGUGACGUCGGCCAGCAUCGUCGUGUUUGCCGCCGGCGCCGGCGCGUGCCACACGUUUGCCGGGUUCCUCGUCUGCCGCUUCCUGUGUGGCUUCUUCGGCUCGAGCGGCAUCGCCAUCGGCGCGGGCACCAUCUUUGACGUCUGGGGCCUCACCAAGGCCCGCGGCCUGGCCACCCUGCUGUUCAUCUACGGGCCCUUUAUGGGCCCGUCCAUGGGCCCGCUCGCCGGCGCCUACAUUAUGCACGAGCACGGCGGCGACUGGCGCUGGACGCAGUGGCUGAUUGCCCUGAUCGGCGCGCCCAUUUUUGUGUUGAUUCUGUUUAUGAAGGAAACGUCGACGACGCGGGUCCAAGGAGGUGGCCAUAAUGACAAAAAGAAAAGCUGGCUGGGCGUCGCCGGCCAGGCCGUGUCCCUCUUGCAGGCGGCCGUCGUGCGCUCGACCACGAUGCUGACCACCGAGGCCAUUGCCUUUUCCAUUACGCUGUACACCGGCUACGCUUACGCGGUCGUUUUUAGCUUCUUUGCCAGCGGCUCCUACGUCUUUCUGGUCGACUACGGCUUCGACGAGCGCCAGGUCGGCCUGGUCUUUCUCGGCGUCUUUGUCGGCUACGUGCUGGCGGCCGUGCUGCACAUCGUCGUGGAGAAGACGCUCUACGCCCGCGCCGAGCGGCUUGCCCCCGCCGGCCAGCGCCCGGCGCCCGAGCACCGCCUCUACUCGGCCAUGGCCGGCAGCAUCUUCUUGCCCAUCGGGCUCUUCUGGUACGCCUGGUCCUCGCGCCCGGGCGGUGGCAACUGGGCCGUCGUCGCCGCCAGCGGCAUUCCGUUUGGCAUUGGCGCGUUUGUCUUGUUUCUGUCCUCCAUUAUGUACUUGGUCGAAUCGUACGGCCCCAGCGCCUCCGCCUCCGCGCUCGCCGCCAACGGGUCCAUCCGCUACAUGCUGGGCGCCGUCUUCCCCCUGUUUACCAUCCAAAUGUACGAGACGCUCGGCGUGCACUGGGCCGGCAGCGUCUUUGCCUUUUUGUCGCUGGCCCUGCUGCCCAUCCCGUGGCUGCUGUUCAAGUACGGCCACAAGCUGCGCCAGAACAGUCGCUUUGUUCCUGCGUCUGCCACGACGGCCCCAGCAGUGACGGCCACGGCCACGACGGCCCCGGCCACGACUGCGUAA